AUGUUCACAAAUAAUUUAUUAGUAAGUAAAAGUGUAAGCUCUGUAGCCACUGCUACUGAUACGGUUCCAGAAAAAUUUAAUGAAGAAGCGAGAUGGAAUGAAGUGACCCCACCAUAUGUACUUGCUACGGGCAUCACCGUAGAGGAAUAUGAACAACUUUGCAUCGGUGCAAUCAUUAAGGAAAUAAACAAACGUUGCAGUGAUGCUGAUGGAACUAACGAUUUUCCUUGGCCAAAUUUGGUUGUGGAAGUAGCCUAUACUGAAACAUUAGAUCAUGUAGAAGAAGCUUUGAAAUAUUGGUUAAGUCCUGGUCACGCACACGAUUGUAUUAUUGUAAAAAUCGAUCCUGUCCCCCAAGGCCAAGUACCGGUCCGUAUGAGGGCUUGGUAUUAUUUUAUAGAAGAUAGAAAGAUAAGAAAUACAAUUCCAUAUAGAACUAUGGUAAUGUUAGACUAUCCCUUAAACGGUUUAUAA